AUGGAGGCUAGAAGCCAGCUUCGAUGCGUUCUAGGUUCGUUCCAUUGGAUCGACAUUGCAGGGGCAGAUGUCGCACUGCGGAAUCUUGGUUUUGCUAUGAUCUCGAAGGCGGGAGCUGUCUGGAAGGUCAAAUGCCUACCAGUGCCAACUAGCGUCUUCGGUGAGCCAACUCUCUCCAGGAUCUACAACAAGGCUACAAAUUCCCAGCACGCGACCAAUAUCUCCAACUCGAUCGGCAUCACCAACUCCGACACCCAACUCGGGCUCAACGGCGGCCUUCGACCGCCGGCAUGCUCAUGUUUCAUCGCCUGGACCAUCUGUUCCGCUGUGUACCAGAAUGACGGCGACAAGGCUGCGAGCCAGGCCGUCGUGGCAUUCAUCUGGAUCUUCAACUGCAGCAGCUACGAACUGGCGUGGUCGGGCUUGCUCGUCGCGUAUACCAUGGAAAUCAUACCGUGUAAGAUCCGCGCCAAAGGUACGUCAACCCGUUGGGACAAAGGCCCAACUCUCGAGAAAAUCGCAAAGAUCUUCGGCGGUGAAGACGCCGAAGUUGGCCAGGUGGACCUCGACAAGGCUGAUGCUAUUGUCGGGGCCUGUAUGGGGAGUGUCGCUUCGGCGACAGAGAAGGUCGAUGCAGCGGUUGAACAUCGGAAUGUGGCAUAG